AUGGCCACCAGCGCGUCGCGGUACGGCGCCACGGCGGAAGCCGUGGACUUCGUGUCGGGGGCCGAACAGGUGAGGCUGCGCGUGAACGCCUUCGUGGCGGACGCGACGAAGCAGCUCAUCCGCGACAUCCUCCCUCCCGGCUCCGUCGACUCGUCCAAGGCGGUCGUGCUCGCCAACGCGCUCUACUUCAAAGGAGCGUGGUCUCACCCGUUCGACGUCUUCACGGCGCCGUUCCACAUCCCAGGCGGCACCCCUGUGGGCGUGCCGGCCAUGACGACAGGCCGGUCACAGUACAUCGCGCUCUACCCGGGCUUCAGGGCCCUCAAGCUGCCCUACAAGAACGACGUGCUGCGGCAAACUGAUGCAUUCUACAUGCUUAUCCUUCUCCCGGACAGCGGCACUCUCAGUCUCGCCGAUCUCUAUGACAAGACGGUGUCGACGCCAGAGUUGAUCAGGAAGCACACGCCGGUGAAGGAGGUUCCAGUGGGGCGGUUCAUGGUGCCCAAGUUCAAGUUCACCUUCGAGUUUGAGGCGUCGUCCGACAUGCAAAAGCUUGGUGUCACCAGGGCUUUCAAAGGCGGCGACUUCUCAGGCAUGGUGGGCAGCAAAGAUGGGCAUGGGCAUGAGCGGCUCUCCAUCUCCCGGGUGUACCAUAAGGCCGCCAUCGAGGUGGACGAGCAAGGCACCGUGGCCGCUGCUGCCACGGUCAUACUCAUGGAUGGUAGUGCGUUUGAGAAAAGGGAACCACCACAUUUGGUGGAUUUUGUGGCGGAUCGGCCCUUCUUAUUUGCCGUGGUUGAGGAGAAGACCGGCGCCGUAUUGUUCCUUGGUCAUGUGGUCAAUCCUCUGGCUAGUUAA